AUGGCCAGCAGGUGUGCCCACCUACCGAACGAGUGCCAGGGAGGCGACUGUGGCUGUUUCCCCGUCGUACUGCCAGACGAGGGAACGUCCAGCAGGUGGGGCCAACUGGGGAGCGAUUGCCCGUGUGGUGACUGUGUCCCCGUAAUGCUGUCGGACGAGAUAACAGCCAGCAAGUGGAGCAACCUGGCGUGCGAGUGCCUGGGCGGUGACUGCGGCUGUCAUAGCGAGUGCCAGGGAGGCGACUGCCACAGUGAUACUGCGAGACGAGGGAACGGACAGCAGGUGGGGAACCUGGAGAUCGAGUGCCCAGGCAGCGUCUGCGACUGUGUCCCUGUCUUACUGCGUGACGAGGGAAUGGCCAGCAGGUGGGGUAACCUGGCGAGCGUGUGCAUAAGCGGCGACUGCGGCUGUGUCCCUGUCAUGCUGCCUGAUGAGGGAACGGCCAGCAGGUGUGGCCACCUGGCGAGCGAGUGCCCAGGCGGCGUCUGCGACUAUGGCCCUGUCAUACUGCAUGACGAGAUAAUGGCCAGCAGAUGGGGCAACCUGGUGAAUGGGCUCCCGGUCGGCGACAGCGGCAGUGUCCCUGUCAUCCUGCCCUACGAGGGAAUGGCCGGCAGGUGGGGCCACCUGGUGAAUAGGUUCCCGGUCGGCGACUGCGGCUGUGUCCCUGUCAUGCUGCCCGACGACGGAAUGGCCAGCAGGUGGGGCCACCUGGCGAGCGAGUUCCUGGGCGGCGACUGCGGCUGUGUCCCCCUCUUGCUGCCUGAUGAGAGAACGGCCAGCAGGUGGGGCAAGCUGGCGAGCGAGUGCAUAAGUGGCGACUGCGGCUGUGUCCAUGUCAUGCUGCCCGACGAGCGAAUGGCCAGCAGGUAUGGCAACCUGUCGAGCGCAUGCUCAGGCGGCGUGUGCGACUGUGUCCCUGUCAUGCUGCCUGAUGAAGCAACGGCCAGCAGGUGUGGCCACCUGCAGAGCGAGUGCCAGGGAGGCGACUGUGGCUGUGUCCCCGUCAUACUGCGAGACGAGGGAACGGACAGCAGGUGGGGCCACCUGGUGAAUGGGUUCGCGGUCGGCGACUGCGGCUGUGUCCCUGUCAUGCUGCCCGACGUGGAAUGGCCAGCAGGUGAGGCCACCUGGCGAUCGAGUGCUCGAGCGGCGACUGCCGCAGUGUCCCUGUCAUGCUGCUCGACGGGGGAACGGCCAGCAGGAGGGUCACCAAGGAGCAAGUGCCUGGGCGGCGACUGCGGCUGUGCCUCCGUAAUGCUGCCAGAUUGGGAACUGCCAGCAAGUGGGGCAACCUGA